GCAGCUAGCGCGGCUGGUGCGGUACUGAGUUCGGCAUGUCGCAAAACCCUUGCGGCACUGUGGCUGACAUGGCUGGCGCGGAUUUGACACUGAAUGCAACAUUUUCGAAGCAAAGUGUGGUCGGAAACGUGUCGAGGUGCCACGAAACGAAGACGAAAAUUAGUUAGUGCGCGGCGGGCGAGGCAAGCCUGUCGUAACAAACAAACAUCAGCGAUGGCGCCGUUGCGGACCGUUUAAUCCAGAGCUCUCUGUGUAAAGCAAGCGCUGAUAUCAACUAGAGAACAUGCGAAAGGCACCGCGCUCCCAGAGUUCGAGCAAGUCGGCUGCGUGCCAUCCGCCUCUGCUGCUGUCGUGCAAAUGGAGAAGAGGAUUGAAUUGGAGAAGCGGGGUAAAAACCCCGAGCAGAUAUCAGAGCUCAACCUCGACAACUGCAGAAGCACCGCCAUCGUCGGCCUGACAGAGGAGUUUGUCAACCUCGAGACGCUCAGCCUCAUCAAUGUCGGCCUCACGAGUCUCAAAGGAUUCCCCAAGCUUCCCAACCUCAAGAAGUUGGAGUUGAGCGACAACAGGAUCUCGGGCGGCCUCAACCUCCUGCAUGGGAGCCCCAAGCUUACGCAUUUAAAUUUGAGCGGGAACAAAAUCAAAGGGCUGGAGACCUUAGAUCCUCUGAAAGAGUUCAAGAACCUGAAGAACCUCGAUCUUUUCAACUGUGAAGUGACGAGCAUUGAGAACUACAGGGACCGUGUCUUUGAGCUCAUCCCAAGCCUCAAGUACCUGGAUGGCUACGACAGAGACGAAAAGGAGGCAGAGGACUCCGAGGCAGACGACGAGGAUGGUAAUGAAGAGGAUGAUGAAGAGAAUGAAGUGGAUGGAGAGAGUGACGAGGAUGAUGAAGAUGAUGUGAAUGUGGAUGAUGAAGAUGACGAGGAUGGCGAGGAGGACGACGAUGUCGAUGAGGAAGAUGGAGAAGAUGGGGAGGAAGAGGUCGGUCUCGAUUACCUAGAAAAAGACGACAUUGAUGAGGAAAGUGAAGGAGACUUCUACAACCCAUACGAUGUAGAUGACGAUGAAGACGGAGAUGAGAACGAGUCUCCUAAGGGCCAGAAGCGAAAGCGGGAAGAGGAGGAGGAGGAUGGGGAGGACUGAGGGAGGGCGGGAAAAGCACGCAACACCAAUUGGAACAUCCCGGCAUCUUUACUUUAGUUUUUUUUUAAACGUCUUCGUCAUUGUCACCUGUAGACUUUGUACAGCGGCGGACAGAGAAACAAAAUGCAACAUCACAAUCGCAUCAUCCUCGGUACCUGUCCCUAGCUUUAUUUUCCCCCUGUUCAUUUCAUUCUUGAACAAUUUUUUUUUCUUUCCGUUAAAGCUUUUGCUUGCUGGGUGCCUUUGAAGGUUACCUACUAGAUGCAUUAUUAUAUGCUAUGUAUAGGUUGUUACUGCUGAACCAGAUUUCGUCUUGCAACGACUGUAAAAAUGGUCACGCUUGCAGCCGUGCACAUUCCAAGAGGUGUGCGCUGUUUGGGGGCGCUGCCAUCUUUCUGCGUCUGCUUGCCUGUGAGGGGCGGCACGUGAACUUUGACACACAAGGCUACACCAAAGUUGGCCCAGAAAAGGGGGUGGCCUCUAGGGACGGUGCCGUACGGGCGCAUCCUCAUCAUCAUCCACACCAAUUUUUUUUUUUUCUCGAUCCGUGUUCUUGGCCCUCCCUUUUCUCAAUUUGCUUUCAAACAUUGAAUGAAAUGCCUUUUAUUGUCGCAUGUUGGCUGCGAGGGAAGUGCCUGUGCGGGUGCAUUUUCUCUUGCAUGCACAUUUGCAGCUGUGCGGGCGCUUCCACUGCUGCUACCUGUCUUCGGCGGCACAGUAGUGCUGCGGAAGUGUAAAUUAUCAGCAGGGGCUUUGUCCAGUGUUUGGUUCAAUUGUUAAAUAAAGUUUUUACUGAAACGGCAA